CAUGCGCAGAGAAUUCGGCGCGCGAAAGCUACAGCAGGAAGUGAGAGCAGCGGAACACAAACGGCGGCCAGUUUCGGAUCUGAACCGCUCGCUUUAACUUCCAUAAUCUGUUAACAUCUGCUUUAUUAUGGCAGACCCGAAGGACCAGGAAGACCAUGAAACCACUGCAGACACUGCCGAGGACACUAAUCAUGAUCCCCACUUUGAGCCCAUUGUGUCUCUUCCGGAGCAGGACGUUAAAACAUUAGAGGAGGAUGAAGAGGUGCUCUUUAAAAUGCGGGCCAAAUUAUACCGUUUUGCCUCUGAGAAUGAUCCUCCAGAGUGGAAGGAGAGGGGCACAGGCGACGUGAAGCUGCUGAAGCACAAAGAGAAGGGCUCCAUCCGUCUCCUGAUGAGGAGGGACCGAACUUUGAAGAUUUGUGCCAAUCAUCAGAUCAGCCCUCUGAUGGAGCUGAAGCCCAACGCCGGCAGUGACAGAGCGUGGGUGUGGAACACACUAGCAGAUUAUGCUGACGAAUGUCCCAAACCAGAGCUCCUGGCGAUACGCUUUUUAAACGCAGAAAAUGCUCAGAAGUUCAAGGCGAAGUUUGAUGAGUGCAAAGAGGAGGUCAAAAAACUAGAAGGAUCAGGCAACACUGAUAGUGCAAACAAGGUGGCAGAGAAGCUGGAGGAGCUCUCAGUAAAAGAUAAGGCAUCUGAGGGAAAGAAGGAAGAGGACAAAAAAGAAACUGAGAAGAAUGAAGACGAGAAGAAGGAGGUGAAAGCUGGGGAGAAGAAUUAAAAACCAAGAACUUGCUUUGCUGAUCUUCAGUUUUUUUUUCCAGUUUUUUCCUCUUUUUCUACAAUAGACUCUUAUGAACUGAAUUUGGACUCUUGCAUAUUAGGUUUUUUUUAUCUGUUUUGCCUCAAGAUCACAAGUCCUUUAAGCCACUGGAGAAAAUGAGAUACAGCCAGUUUCUAACAAAUAUAUUUUUUUUCUCUGACCCCGUUCCCACUUUGCUCAGUGGAAGCUCACACUUACCAUCUUUACUUUUAAGAGUUCAACAUUACUAUCGCCAAACUGUGAAAAGAGGCUUGUGGUAGCAAUGAUUCCCACAUUGGGGUAUUUUUUUUUUUGUUCUUCUAAAGCAGAGUUCAUUUGUAGGGUGAGAGGAUAAUGUAGCCUGCUCAUUAGCAGCACCGGGUCAGGAACCAGGCUUUAUGGAGGUGCAUUGUGAAGGUGAAACCCACUGAUGACUCUAUUGGCCUGGGUGUCCUGUCCACGCUUCCACUAAUAGAUCACAAGGUGAAGACUUCUUUGAAGAGAUCAGGUUUCCUCUUUGUUCAGUUCAGCUGACUAAAGUAGGAAUUCACUGGACAGCUGGGGAGCGUCCGAUUGCAGCGGGUAAUGGGUUAACGACUGAUAACAUGCACUUAGUUAAGAUUCUCAUUUUUUUUUUUUUAGACUUCAAAACUAUUAAGUCCAAAGUAAAAACGGUUUAUUAAUUUGUGCAGCUCUUUUCUCACUCGUGUUCCUGGUCAGGAGAUGACGUUUGUAUGUUCUAGCUCAUAACAUUCCCAGACUUUAAAGCAUGUAAAGUGUAUGUAACGGAGUGUGCCCCAUCUGAUCCGUGUGCUCAUCACCCACUUCUUUUCUUUCCACCGAAUAAGUUCCCAACCCUGACUCUUCAGUGCAUCCAAGUGCCAGUGCAUCUGUAAAUACAUGUAUAUGGAUGAAAUGUUGCUCUUCGUUUGCACUCAGAUGAUCUGAAAUGUUUCCUCCAACUCCAAAUAAAAGCUGGUAAAGAUCA